CUAAGGCCCAAAUCCCGCUACCAAACAAAAUCGAAGGCGGCCUCUCCAUUUUCUCGCUCUUGCUGAGUCUCUCUUUCUCUCUCUUCAAGACUUCAGAGCUCGAAAGCUGGAAUGCACAGAGAAAUACUGCUGCUUCUCUUAUUAAGCCAUGCUUCUUCUUCGAUAAAUUAUGGUAUCUAUCACUUUUCUAGAUCUCUUCAUUCAUUGUACCGAGUGAUUGCUAUGCUUAUUAUUCUCACGAAGCUGUUUUAAAGCAUCAACUAAGAAAGGGAAGAGAUUGCAGCUCUGAUGGGAUCAGCGCAUGAAGAAGUUGCCAUUCGUCAUUAUGUUGCUCCUGUUAUAAUGAGUUCAGAACAAAAUCAACCAUUCAACCUUGGAGAAAACACAAGCAAGUCCAAAGUGCAGAAGGAGUGGCUGGAAAUGCAUUCAGAGGAUGCUAGAAAUGAUAAAAUUGAUCAUUCCUUGCCUUCAAUUCAUAGGCAGCCAUGUCCUAAUAGGAAGGCAUCCGAGGUUGAAGAGAUGGUCAAGUAUAUGUCAAGUAUCCCAAACUAUCUCCAACGCGAGGAGAAGGGAUUAUACAACAUUCAAGAUAAAGUGCUGAAUGUUGGUGUUCUUGAUUGGAGGCGUCUGCAAAAGUGGACAGAUCAUGAAAAGAAGCUUGCUGCAAAUAAAAUGAACAAUGAUUCUCCACCUGGUAGUAAUUUAUCCACAUUUUAUUCAUCUCCAUUUUCUUCGAGAAGCAAUGCUAGCCCUACUCAUGAAAGGAAGCAAUCUUCUACUUUUAGCCCUACUUCAAGUUUGGCUAGUUCAGCCGAAAAGGAACAAAGAAAUGUUAGGAGAAAAGAUUCAAGUAAAAACAUAUUUAAAUCCCGAGAUGCAGCAGACAUUAUUGGAAGUUUGCCUUCAGCUUCCAAAGUUUCAGGGAACUUUGCUUUGUUACGUAGUAAUGAGAGUACUAAGACCGCUAGAUUGGAUGAAUUAGAGAAACUGCAAAUCAGUAUUGAGCAGGAUGGUAGCAGGUCUCAUUUAAACCAGGAUGGAGGGAGACCCAAACAUAGGAGGAAACAUCUUGAGGAGAUAAUAGCAAGAAGUAUUCUUAGCUUUGAAGCUGGAUUGCUUGAUCAAGGAAAUCUGAGGAGGAUGAAUAGCAGCAGAUUUUCGGAAAAUCUUUCUCUUCCUCCACGUUCAUUUGCGCCUUCUUCCAACACACAUAGAGAAGAACCUCAUGAUGCUUGCAUUCCCCCUUCUCCCAAGUGCUCAAGAAGCAGCACAAACAAUACAAUAAUUGGAGCUAACAAAAAUCCAUCUUUCGAAAAAGGAGGAGAACUAUUACCUAUUGUUCUUCCAAGAGUUGACUUGAAAGGGAUAAGCGGAAGUCCUUUGAAAUCCAUUGUACAUAAUCCUCCCAUUGAUGUUGUUUCAAGAAGUAGUAGUACAGGACGGAGAAGCCCAAUGAGGCUGUUUUUUGAUCAUCCGCGAAUGUCUACCUCCUCUGUUGGUUCAAUUUCAGAUAAUCCUGAUAUUGCUGGAGCAAGAAGUAAUAGCAGGGGUAGACGUAGCUCAGUGAAGGAGAUACUAUUAGAUCCUGAUCCCUCUGUUUCAAGAAGUAAUAGCAGGGGAAGGCGUAGCCCUUUGAGGAAGAUGCUCGAAUCAACACGUAAGUCAUCGUCUACAUCUGUCAACUCUUCUCAGCAGCCGCAAGAAUCUUGCGGUGUUGUCGACCCUAUACAUUCUACUUUGACAAGGCAAGCUCUUCUGAAACUCAGUUGGAAGAAUGGGCUGCCACUUCUUAUGUUCUCAUCCAGUGAUGAUAGUAUUCUUGUGGCCAUGAUGCAUAAAAGAGGUAACCCAGACAUGAACAUUUGUGACUGUGUUUAUGAAAUACACACAGCUAUGGCUGCAGAGAUUAAGAAGAAAAAUGGUGCCUGGUUAAGUCAAGGAACAAAGAAUAAGAAGUCCGAAUUCAGCUGCAAGUUUGUCGCUGAAUUGAUUGUUUCUAGUUCCGAGAGAGUGAGCUUUGAUCUCACUCAUCGGUCUUUCAUAAGAGAGCUUGUUCUCUUGGGUGAUGAAUUGUUUCCUUCGUCGUUAUCAUCAAAUCAGAAUCGUGAUGAUGCUACUAAUUCAUCCAGCCGUACUGAGCUUGCAGCCAUAGUAGUUGAAUCUUCACACCAGAAGACAGGGAGCCCCAGCUGUGGCAAUCUAUGUUCUCCAUGUAUUGUUGCUAUUCUACCCAGUGGUGUUCAUAGCUUCUCUAACACAAGAGAACCCUCCAAAUUGAUAGAAAAAUGGGAAUCAGGAGGAGCAUGUGAUUGUGGAGGUUGGGAUGAAGGUUGUGAGCUGACAAUUUUAACCAACAAUACCAAACAAAUGAACAAUGUCUCCAUAAUGGUCCAAGAUUGUGGAGAUAUUAUUGAUCAUGGAAAUAGUGGAUUUGAUCUUUUUACUGAGGGUGAUGCUCGAAAGGGAAAGCCUUCUUUCAGCAUGGUUUCUUUCAAAGAGGACAUGUUCACAGUAGAGUUCAAGGCUUCCAUUCCUUUGCUGCAGGCUUUUGCAAUUUCGAUUGCCAUGUUGCAUGAUCGAAAUCAUUUAAUUUCCAUGGAUAAUUUUGAGGAUCUUAGUUUUGAUAGCUAUCCAGUAAUUUCUUCUUGAAUAGUUGUUGAUGGAAAUUCAUCAUCAACCUCUUUGUUCUGAUUUGAGACCUACCUUUGUAGCUUAUAUGAUUCAGUCCAUUCCUUCUAAAAAAAACAAGAAAAAAAAAACGGUGUCAAAGCUUGUUUGAGCAAUUUUGACUUGUUUGUAACAUCAAAUGGCAAUGAUAUAUUCAUAUAGCAAAUAAACCAAGAUUCUUUUA